AUGACAGACACUGUGAUGGAAGUCGAUAACCCUGGAGCUGCCAUCCAGCAGCUCCAGAAUGGCGAAAUCGAUGAAUCUCUUUACAGUAGACAACUAUACGUCCUUGGCCACGAAGCCAUGAAGCGUAUGGGCUCUUCCAACGUUCUUAUCGUCGGCCUCAAGGGAUUGGGCGUAGAAAUUGCGAAGAACAUUGCCCUCGCAGGUGUCAAAUCGUUGACAUUGUUCGACCCUCAACCCGUUGCCAUCGCCGACCUCUCCUCCCAAUUCUUCCUUCGAGCCGAUGACGUCGGAAAGCCACGCGCUCAGGUCACCGCCCCGAGAGUCGCCGAGUUGAAUUCUUACACACCAGUCGCGGUUCAUCAGCCAUCCUCAUUGACAGAAGAUCUGAGUCAGCUUAAACAAUUCCAAGUCAUCGUCCUCACAAACACUCCUCUGAAAGAUCAAUUGGUCAUUGCCGAUUAUGCUCACGCCAAUGGCAUCUACUUGGUGAUUGCAGACACAUUUGGUCUCUUUGGCUAUGUCUUUACCGACUUUGGCAAAAGCUUUACUGUCGGAGACGUCACUGGAGAAAACCCAAUCAGUGGUAUCGUUGCAGACAUUGAUGAGACAGGUCUUGUCUCGGCGCUUGAUGAAACUCGCCAUGGUCUUGAGGACGGUGACUAUGUCGAGUUUGCAGAACUCCGCGGUUUGGAGGCUUUGAAUGGCGCCCCUCCCCGGAAGAUUGAAGUCAAAGGCCCAUACUCCUUCUCCAUUGGAGAUGUGUCAGGAUUGGGCAAGUAUGAGGGCGGAGGGCUUUUUGCUCAAGUCAAGAUGCCCAAGGUCAUUGACUUCCAGCCUCUGUCUGAGCAGAUCAAGAAACCCGAGCUCUUGAUCUCCGACUAUGCCAAGUUCGACCGCCCUGCUCAAUUACAUGUUGGUAUCCAGGCUCUUCAUCUCUUCGCUGAAUCGCACAAUGGCGAGCUUCCUCGACCACACAAUGACGCAGACGCCAAAGAAGUGCUUGAGAUUACCAAGAAACUCGCCAAAGAAAGCUCCGACGAUAUCGAGAUUGACGACAAGGUCAUCACCGAACUCAGCUACCAAGCGCGCGGAGACCUCAACCCAACAGCAGCGUUCUUUGGUGGGCUCACUGCACAAGAAGUUUUGAAGGCUGUUUCAGGCAAAUUCACACCCAUUGUGCAAUGGCUUUACUUUGACUCCCUCGAGUCUCUGCCCACCUCGGUCACUCGAAAUGAAGAACUCUGCCAACCGAUUGGCUCGAGAUACGAUGGACAGAUUGCAGUCUUUGGUCGAGAGUAUCAAGAAAAGAUUUCCAAUGUCAAGAACUUUCUGGUCGGCGCAGGCGCCAUUGGGUGUGAGAUGUUGAAGAAUUACGCCCUCAUUGGACUCGGUACUGGACCAAAUGGCCACAUUACUGUGACCGACAAUGAUUCAAUCGAAAAGAGCAACCUCAAUCGCCAAUUCUUGUUCCGAUCCAAGGAUGUGGGCAAACAAAAGAGUGAAACUGCUGCGGCUGCGGUGCAGGUGUUCAAUCCUGAGCUCAAAGGCAAAAUCACCACCUUGACAGACCGGAUAGGACCAGAUUCAGAAGACAUCUUUGACGAGAAAUUCUGGCAUAAUCUCGACAUUGUCACAAAUGCUCUGGACAAUGUCGAAGCUCGUACCUAUGUCGAUCGUCGUUGCGUCUUCUUCCAAAAGCCGUUACUCGAGAGUGGCACUUUGGGCACCAAAGCAAACACCCAGGUCGUUCUUCCCCGUCUGACCGAGUCAUACUCUAGCUCGCAAGAUCCACCAGAGCAGUCGUUCCCCAUGUGUACACUUCGAAGCUUCCCCAACAAGAUUGAACAUACGAUUGCUUGGGCGCGGGAUUUGUUCCAGUCAUACUUUGUGGGACCACCCGAGACUGCCAAUUUGUACCUCUCACAGCCAGAUUAUAUCAACACGACCUUGAGGCAGCAAGGAAACGAGAAGAUGAUUCUGGACAGCCUGAAGGAGUUCUUAGUGACGGAUAAGCCCAGCACUUUUGAGGACUGCAUCGCGUGGGCUCGACUACAAUUCGAGAAGCAGUACCACAAUGCAAUUCAGCAGCUCCUCUACAACUUUCCUAAAGACUCCAAGACAUCGACAGGUGCUGACUUUUGGUCUGGGCCAAAGCGAGCACCGAAUGCUCUGAUGUUCGAUGCCAAGGAUGAGACUCAUCUUGGGUUUGUCAUCGCUGGAGCGAACCUCCAUGCCUACAAUUACGGGAUUGAAGCGCCCAAGCUCAGCAAGGAGCAGUAUGCGAAAGUCAUUGAAUCGGUGAUUGUUCCUGACUUCCGACCUGAUGCGAAUGUCAAGAUCCAGGCGGACGAGAAAGAGCCAGAUCCAAAUGGGCCAGCCCCCACAUUCGCUGAUGAUGCCGAGGAACUGAACAAGAUCAUUGCUACAUUGCCCACGCCGAAAAGCUUGCCUGGAUUCCGACUGAAUGUGGUUGAAUUCGAAAAGGACGAUGACACCAACCAUCACAUUGACUUUAUUACGGCUGCCAGCAACCUACGAGCUCUCAACUACAACAUCCCCGUGGCCGAUCGACACAAGACCAAAUUCAUUGCGGGCAAGAUCAUCCCCGCUAUUGCCACGACCACGGCACUCGCCACGGGCCUUGUGAUCUCGGAGCUGUACAAGGUUGUGGAUGGCAAGACGGAUCUUGAACAAUACAAAAACGGAUUUGUCAAUCUCGCAUUACCGUUCUUUGGAUUCAGUGAGCCGAUUGCAAGUCCCAAAGGAAAGUACCAAGGCAAGAGUGGAGAGGUGACCAUCGACAAACUCUGGGAUCGAUUUGAGGUGGAUGACAUUACAUUGACCGAGUUCUUGAAGCAUUUUGAAGAUCUGGGACUAACGGUGACCAUGGUCAGCUCUGGGGUCAGUCUGUUGUAUGCAUCGUUCUAUCCACCAAGCAAGAACAAGGACCGAUUGCCACUGAAACUCAGCAAAUUGUUGGAGACCAUCAGCCGCAAACCCAUCCCUGAUCAUCAGAAGAACAUUAUUUUUGAGAUUACGGCCGAAGACACGACAGAAGAGGAUGUUGAGAUUCCUUAUGUGAUGGUCAAGUACCGCAAAUAG